CGAGUUUCAGCAUCAGGGUUCCGACAACUCUCUGUUUCUUCUGUGUUUCAUACUCUGCAAGCUACUUUUCUUCUUUUUCAGGGUGCGCCAUCUGUUAGGAGUUUACCAAUUCAUUUUUAUAUACCUUCAUUUCCUUCGUAGGAUGCGCUGAAAUUCUUCACUUCCUGGCCUUUUCUCUUCCGGCUUGCGCAACGAUGGCCGCAACCACUGUGUCUCCGUCACGGCGCAAACAGAUCCUCAAAGUCCUAUUUAUCUCCCUCCUUCUUGACUUGAUCUCCUUCACCUUUAUUCUCCCCCUCUUCCCCUCUCUCCUAGCCUUCUACUUAAACCGCAACCCUUCGCCAACCUCUCUCCUACACCGCAUUCUACACUACCUAAAUGCCUACAAAAAUGCCUUCGCCCGUCCCAUCGACUCGCGAUACGACGUCGUCCUCCUCGGUGGCGCCCUAGGCUCCCUCUUCUCCUUCCUCCAAGCGAUUGCGGCCCCCUUUAUCGGCCACCUAUCCGACAAUCAUGGCCGACGCACCGCGCUUCUCUGCUCCAUGGCGGGGAACAUCGCCAGUGUCGCGCUCUGGGUAGCUGCGACGGAUUUCCGGACGUUCCUGGGUAGUCGGAUUGUCGGGGGUCUGAGCGAGGGGAAUGUGCAAAUUGCGAAUGCCAUUGCGACGGAUAUUAGUGAUGAGGGACAGAGGGGAGCGACAAUGGCACUUGUGGGCGCGUGUUUUAGUGUUGCGUUUACGUUUGGGCCGGCGAUGGGGGCGGCGUUGGCGGGGAUUACGACCGUGGCGGAUAAUCCGUUCGCGACUGCGGCGGGCUGUUCGUUACUCCUUAUUGUGGUGGAGACGGUUUAUAUAUACUUCUGUCUGCCGGAAACGCAUCCACGAUUUGCGAAGCUUCGGAAGGAUUCUCCCACUGCUACAGCCACUGCAGGUGGCGAAUCGAACGGGAACGACAUGAAAGCGGAGCGGAAAUCGUCCUCUGAUAUCAACAUCACGCCAACACCAAAAAAAGAAUACACCAACCCCCCAAUCCUCCUAAACCUAACCCACUUCCUCUUCCUCCUCCCCUUCUCCGGCCUCGAAUUCUCCCUCCCCUUCUUAACCACCACCCUCUACGCUUCCACAAACCCAUCUCUUUCCCCAUCCGCCCUAAACGGCCGCCUCCUCUCCGUCAUGGGCCUCCUCGCCUCCCUCCUCCAAGGAACGGUGGUUCGCCGUCUGCCACCGCUCCUGACCGUCCGUAUUGGUGUUGCUGCGUGCACACUCUCGUUCUUCCUCCUAUCUCGUGUUUCCACUGUAUCAGGUCUCUACGGCGCCGGGUGCCUGCUGGCAGUCACCAGUGCAACGGUGGUCACCGGCUUAAAUAGCCUGGGCAGUUUGGAAGCUGGCGAGGGUGAACGGGGAGCAUUUUUGGGUAGGUUGAGGAGCUGGGGCCAAGCGGGGAGGGCGUCAGGUCCGAUUGUCUUUUGUACAUUGUUUUGGUGGGCGGGGCGGGAGGUGGCGUAUAUGGUUGGUGGCUUGGGGAUGUUGGCCGUUUGUGCACUUGUUUUUGGAGGAUUGAAAGCGCCUGGUGUUUCAAAAAAAGUGAGAUGAUAAGUGUGUGAAUGUCAUUGACAUAUAAUUUCCUGAAAGGGAAAAAGAGCGGGUAGACAUUUGUUCAGGGGUUAUGAGAGUGGAGGUUUUUCAUUUUAAUGUCACCUCUGUAAUUUCUUGGUUUCUCGGUUGUGUAUUUCCCUUCUCUUGUUUUGGGAUUUUCGGUUGCAUCCUCUUACAUUUUUGUUCGCUAGAGUUCCGCCUGCAUAUGAUAUGGUGAAAAAGGGGCACAUACAUUAUAUUUAACUGAUAAUGAAAUAUUGGGCUGUGAGGUAGAAUGAGUAAUAGAAAGAAAAAGAAAAAGAAAACGGGUAGGAGGAAAUUUAAUACGGUAUAAAAUGGGUUUUCUAUUUAUUUUUUUCAAAUGGUGAAGCAUGAAGUUUAGUUAGGUGUCUGAAGAAGGAUCACAACUAAUCGUUUGUAAAAGUGGAGAUUGCGUUUAUACGUCUCCUUUGUGGACAUAUGUGUUGAUACGUACAUGUACAUGUACAUACAAUACAUCCAUGCACAAUUGCUCAUAUAUUCGAAUAAUCAAUUUCCAAACCGCAGCCCAAUUCCC